AUGUCUCAAGCUGUUGGUAAUGUUGCCAGCAUUAGAAGAAAGCUAGUUAUUGUCGGUGAUGGUGCGUGUGGUAAGACUUGUUUAUUGAUUGUUUUCGCCAAGGGUAAGUUCCCUCAGGUUUACGUGCCCACUGUUUUCGAUAAUUACGUUGCUGAUGUCGAAGUUGACGGUCGUCGCGUAGAAUUGGCGUUGUGGGAUACUGCUGGCCAAGAAGAUUAUGAUAGAUUGAGACCACUUUCGUACCCAGAUUCCAACGUUGUGUUAAUCUGUUACUCAAUUGAUUUGCCAGAUUCCUUAGAAAACGUGAUGGAAAAAUGGAUCUCUGAAGUUUUACACUUUUGUCAAGGUGUUCCAAUCAUCUUGGUUGGUUGUAAAGCAGAUUUGAGAAAUGAUCCUCAAGUUGUUGAAGAACUAAGAGCUCAAGGAUUACAACCUGUGUCUCAGGCUCAAGCACAAGAAGUCGCUGACCAAAUCGGUGCUGUUGACUACAUCGAAUGUUCUGCCAAGACCGGUUACGGUGUCAGAGAAGUCUUCGAGGCUGCUACAAGAGCUUCUUUGGUCGGUAAACAAGGUAAGAGCAAACCUAAGACUAAGUCUAGCAAAAAAAAGAAGUGUGUCGUCUUGUAA